AUGGCUAACAAACAACUGAUUUUCACAACAGGACACAAGAUGCCAACGGCCUCUGAAAUGGCCGAGAAAAACUAUUGCAAGUUCCACAAUUCAUGGAGGCAUUCCACUAACAAUUGUGUUAUCUUCCGUAAUAUUAUGCAAAAUGCAAUUGAAGAUGGCAGGUUGAAGUUUCCAGAAAAAAUAGAAGUUAUGGGUGUUGAUGGAAAUCCUUUUCCUAAGGUCAUGGCCACAAACGUGGCUUCUCUUGCCUCGGAACACCCUAAGAAGAAGGUGGGCUUGACAGGUCCAGCAGCCAGUGGAAAGCUGGAAAUUCCUAAGGCAGAAGCAUCCAUGGAAAAAACAGUGGCUGAGUUGGAAAGGCAACUCCAAGAGGCCCAGAUUACUUUAAUCCAGAAAGGUUGUUGCCCUAAGUGUAAAAUUCAGAAUGAAGGUUGCCAUGGAGAUUUUCCAAAAGAGAAGCCAAAAGAGAAUUUCUCCAAUAGCGACUGA